AUGGCCCUUCCAGUCCAAUCCUCAAGCUCCCUCAGCUUGCCUAGACGCGACAGCAGCCGAAGAGAAAGCGUCUCCCCAUUCGCUGGUAGACGAGAGAGCAUCAACCCAUUUGCUAAUAAACGAGAAAGCGUCUCACCCUUCGCUACCAGACGAGAGAGUGUAGCCCCUUUUCAAAACUUAGGCCGAAGGGAUAGUACGGCUGUUGGAUUAUCGAGACGCGAAAGUACAUCACCAUUUCCUUCAUUACGACGAUCAUCGACUGUACCUUCAGGAGCAUACUCGAAUAUUCCUGUUGGACGAAAAUUCAGUGUUAGUGCAAUAUACACUGGUGGCGAUGUUUCGCCAAUAGAGCCCCCCGGGGCUAACAACGAUGAUGUUGAAGUUUUAUUCCAUCAUCCAACGCGAAUUGUCUCCUUUACGAUUUCGGAAGAAAAGUUGAAGGGGAAGGAUGCCGUGGCGAAUUAUGUUCAGCCAACGGAAAGGACAUUGAGUUCCGGCCCUAUGAAAAUUUAUCGAGUUAAGUUUUCGACGGCAUUUUUACAAGGUGGGCAAUUGUUACAGCCAUUGCUACCACGCAGCGCUUGCUGGUGUCUGGACGAGCGUCGUGGUAUAUUCGUUUUGAGGAUAAGGAAGGAUAACUAUUAUCGGUUAGAAUUGCAAGAGGUUGAAGAUGAUUUAUCGAAAGUCCACAGCCUCAAGUCUGUGCUCGACAAGCUUAUCGUUUUUGAAAAAACCAACUGUCCAUUCAGAACGGAGAAACAAGAUGUUGAAGAGCCAGCCCCUCUGGCCGUCUUUAGGAGAUCAAGUAGUGUCGCUAGCAGACCUAGCAGGCCUUCCAGCGCCCAAUCCGACUAUGGUGCUCCAGAUAACGACAGCAGCAGUGACAUCGUAUUCCAGAAUCCUGGAUUCAAUGCACCACCAAAGAUCGAAAUCCCAGCUUCUUUGCCAGUUAUGUUUAAAAAGAAUAUCUUUGAAGACAAGCCCAUGCUCCGAGUGCCUCGCCUCCAAGUCCCACAACCACAUAAUCUAUCAGCAAGCCCAAGGGCUCUUAGUCCACUUUCCGGCAGGAGCCCAUUAUCCCGAACCUACGAGACCUCUCGAAGCCGUUCGGUUAGCCCACUUGCCCGAGAGGCUCCACAUGAUAUGUUUAUGAUUCCCGAGCAUGGUCCAGCAUUACCCCACACAGACGACGAGGGGGCUUCCUCUGCUCAAUCUGUAGGAUCUGGCCCGCCAUCCCCUAGAUAUAUUCCAAGAUCAGUCCCCUCAGAUUAUGCAAACUCUGCAGUUCCUUCAGUUUCGGACUAUGCAAACUCUGCAGUUCCUUCAGCUUCAGACUAUGCAAACUCUGCGGCUCCUUCGGCUUCGGAUUAUGCAAUGUCUAGAGGUCCUUCCGACUAUGGAGACUCAGCUACUAGCAGCCCGAUCGAUCCAUUUUGCCUUUCGUAUCCCGUCCCAGAACCUCGAGGACGUUCACCGGAACGAAAGCCAAUGCAACUGCCAGCCGCACCACUUUCGGCUCUUUCUCCACCACCAACGGCUAUUUCCCCACCACCUACUGCCCCAAUGCACUUCCUUCGCCCUCCAUCUGUAGUUAUUCAAAACGCAGACUCCACUGACGACUUCGAAAUCGAUUUCCUCGAUCUCGGUAUCCGUCAUGGUCCGCAAGUGCAUGAAGAAGUCCAGGAAAAUCCAAAGCCAAAGCCAAAACCACAACCAUUGGAACAACUUCAUGAAGAACCUCGAAUUGAAUCAAUCGUUCAAAUACGCAGCGAUGUUCACGAGAAUACAAAUGAAGUACCUUCAAUCUUUGAACCCCUCCAAACCAUCCAAGAGAUCACACUCCCUCAGAUCCGCCCCCAAACUCCUCUUCCAUCCCCCCCUGCUACCCCACCACUUUCCCACUCGGCAUCAGAUUCUGAAGCCGAAGAAAUCAUGGAGGCUGUGACCCCAGAAUCCAGCUUCCGCCGAAGACCCAGCGGCGAUAUCUCAAAUGUGUCGCUACGACGGGCAUCAGAACCCAUGGCAGACACAAGCUCUGUUAUCAUCAAAGAUAACGAUCCAGAUACCAUGACGCUGAUGACCAUGGAUGACGUAGAAUCUGUUGACCCGCUCGCAGGUCUCAACAUGAGUCUCAUCCAUCGUGUCAACGAAAUGCCAGUUACCAAGGGACUCGGCCCAGACGAUUACGAACCACUCUCCCGCUCCGGCCGCCGUUUUAUCCGCUCGAUGGAUCACGAAGCUGCCCGUGGCAUUUUUGGCAAAACUAUCAAUUUGAAGAUCCACCAGCCUUCUGGAUUUUUGUUAAAAUUCAUGCUACGUGUGGCAGACAAGCUUAUGAAGGGAGCUAAGAUUUAUGUCUACUAUUGGGGAGACUGGAAGAAGGGCAAAGUUAGGGGCAAAGGUGGGAAGGUCAAGGAAGGCGGUAGCGUUGAUUUGACAGACUCUUCACCGAUCUCACCGCAGGAUUAUGAAAAAGUUGGUCUGUUGAGCGAUGAAGAUGAUUACGGUGUCAAAAUUUCGAAUGAAAAUGCCACGGAGGGGAGGAAGAGGAGGCCCUUUUCUUUUGCAAGAAGAGAUAGUGUCUGA